UCCACCUCAAUCUACCAACUCGUUGUCGUCUGCUCUGUCCGGCUUGCUUUUUGUCCAUGUUUUUGUUGUAGUUUCUCACUUUUGUUUACUUAAUCUAUUUUGCCCCAAUUCGAUGAUUUUGCGAUGGCAGAAAGAGGCGCUCAUCUCACAACAACAGUUUUAAACAAACCUUCUAUUUUUGAAGUUGUUGCUCAAGAUACCCUUACAGCAACUUUUAAACCUGCUGCUAAGCGUGUUCUGCAGUUUUUUAUUGCUCGUAACCCUGAGAAAUAUGGCUGGCUUUCACUGUGGUUCGAGGAGGUGUAUUUAGUGUUCAACAGCAUCCUUCAAUCGCACUACUUGUCUUACAAUGGAGGAUCAUUUGCGGAGACAUUCUAUGGCUUACAACGACUAUAUCUCAAAACUGGUUCUUCGCCAGGGAAUUUACCGAGAAGAGAGAAGUUUAUGUCUCUCUUCUUUCUAACUGUCUUUCCUUACCUUAGAUCAAAGCUUGAAGAUCUAUCCAUAAAAUAUCAGCUGGAAGAAGCAGAUGGUGUUGCCCCUCAAAGUGGCUGGCAAAGAAAUGCAAGACAAUUAUUAAUGAAAUCCCAUCAAGCUUUUCAUCUCUUUUGGGAACUGUGGACUUUAGUUCAGUAUCUUCGUUACUUGUCAGGUCGCUCUAACUCACACUCGCCUGCUCUUACACUUACUAAAGUUGCCUUGGUGUAUGCUGAAGAGGACAUGAAUGAUUACUCAUUUUCUCAGAUGUGGCAGGCUCUGUCUUCAGGUAGUUUCAGGCCAAGUUUACCCUCAAUGAAAACAGUUGGAUCAGUGAUGACCAGAGGCUUGGAGUUGGCUGCAUUUUUCAUUCAAUUCUUACAAUGGUGGCAUUCUGAGCAGACACGUACUGAUAUAACAGCUUUGCCAGUACCAGAAACUCCUCCAAUUGGAGAACAUUCUGAGCGAUUUGGAGGUGUUUGUCCUAUUUGUAUGAACCCAUGGAAAGUUGAGACGUUACUGAGUGUAUCAGGAUUAGUCUUUUGCUAUCGCUGCAUUAGAACUCAUCUCAUCAAAACUUCAACUUGUCCAGUCACUCAUUAUCCUGCUACUAUGGAAGAUUUGGUGAGAAUAUACCCAUCUCAAUCCUGAUUGAUUCAAUUGUGGUUGCAGAUUCUUUUCAAUUAAUUUCUAUGAUAUGGCAUUUUCUAUCUGUGAUAAACCAUUCCAUUUAUUGUUGUUGUAGUCGAUUUUUACAAGUAAGAACGUACAUUAUGUUAUUUUUUACCAGUGGCAGGUAGAGGGUGAAAUAAACAUAUUCUUUGGAA